UGGUAUUGCAUCAACCAAUCCCUGCCAUUCUGCAGUUUCCUGGUGCAUGUGCCCAGAGUCACAUGGUGUUUCCUGCUAAGCCUCAGCGUCUCCUCCAAGCCACACCAAAAUCUUUCCUUCUGGGCCUUUCCCAGAAAUACAUUCUUGCUGGAAGUUAUAAAAACCAGCUCCUCCAAGCAGAGCAACUCCCUGGCUGCUGCGAAAAGACAAGGCACUGGGCAGCGAUGAGGAUCCUCCUCCAUCUCCCAGCCCUCCUGGCUUCUCUCAUCUUGCUUCAGGCUGCAGCAUCUGCCACAAGAGCACAGACCACCAGAACCUCUGCCAUCUCCGAUGCUGUGAGUCAGGCCAAGGUCCAAGUCAACAAGGCCUUCCUGGACUCCCGAACCAGGCUGAAGACUGCCAUGAGCUCUGAGACUCCCACCAGCCGACAGCUCUCAGAAUACCUCAAGCAUGCCAAAGGCCGGACGCGUACAGCCAUCCGCAACGGACAGGUGUGGGAGGAGUCUUUAAAGAGACUGGGGCAGAAGGCGUCCUUGACCAAUGUCACAGACCCCAGGCUGGACUUGACUUCGCUGUCUCUGGAGGUGGGCUGUGGUGCCCCCGCUCCCUUGGUGAGAUGCGACCCGUGCAGCCCUUACCGCACCAUCACCGGAGACUGCAACAACAGGAGGAAGCCUGCGCUGGGCGCCGCCAACAGGGCUCUGGCGCGCUGGCUGCCCGCGGAGUACGAGGACGGGCUCUCCCUGCCCUUCGGCUGGACGCCGGGGAAGACGCGCAACGGCUUCCCUCUCCCGCUGGCCCGGGAGGUAUCAAACAAGAUUGUUGGCUAUCUGAAUGAGGAGGGUGUUCUGGACCAAAACAGGUCCCUGUUCUUCAUGCAGUGGGGUCAGAUUGUAGAUCACGACCUGGACUUUGCCCCUGACACCGAGCUGGGGAGUAGUGAGUACUCCAAAGCCCAGUGUGAUGAGUACUGUAUCCAGGGAGACAACUGCUUCCCCAUCAUGUUCCCACCCAAUGACCCCAAGGUGAGGACUCAAGGGAAAUGCAUGUCUUUCUUCCGAGCUGGAUUUGUCUGCCCCACUCCACCCUACAAGUCCCUGGCCCGAGAGCAGAUCAACGCUCUGACUUCUUUCCUGGAUGCCAGCUUUGUGUACGGCUCCGAGCCAAGCCUGGCCAGCCGCCUCCGCAACCUCAGCAGCCCCCUGGGCCUCAUGGCUGUCAACCAGGAGGUCUCAGACCAUGGGCUACCCUACCUGCCCUAUGACAGCAACAAGCCAAGCCCCUGUGAGUUCAUCAACACCACAGCCCGUGUGCCCUGCUUCCUGGCAGGAGAUUCUCGAGCUUCAGAGCAUAUUCUGCUGGCCACAUCCCACACCCUCUUUCUCCGUGAGCAUAACCGGCUGGCCAGAGAACUAAAGAGACUCAACCCUCAGUGGGACGGAGAGAAGCUCUACCAGGAAGCCCGGAAAAUCCUGGGAGCCUUCGUGCAGAUUAUCACCUUUAGGGACUACCUGCCCAUUUUGCUAGGUGACUACAUGCAGAAGUGGAUACCCCCAUAUCAAGGCUACAAUGAAUCUGUGGAUCCCAGAAUUUCCAAUGUCUUCACCUUCGCCUUCCGCUUUGGCCACUUGGAGGUCCCCUCUUCUGUGUUCCGCCUGGAUGAGAAUUAUCAGCCAUGGGGGCCAGAACCAGAACUCCCCCUCCACACCCUCUUCUUCAACACUUGGAGGAUGGUCAAAGAUGGUGGAAUUGAUCCUCUGGUGCGGGGCCUGCUGGCCAAGAAAUCCAAGCUGAUGAAACAGAAUAAAAUGAUGACUGGAGAGCUGCGCAACAAGCUUUUCCAGCCAACUCACAGGAUCCAUGGCUUUGACCUGGCUGCCAUCAACACACAGCGUUGCCGCGACCAUGGGCAACCUGGGUACAAUUCCUGGAGAGCCUUCUGCGACCUCUCACAGCCGCAGACACUAGAGGAGUUGAACACAGUGCUGAAGAACAAGAUGCUGGCCAAGAAGUUACUGCGUCUCUACGGGACCCCUGACAACAUCGACAUCUGGAUAGGGGCCAUUGCUGAGCCGCUGAUGGAAAGGGGUCGGGUGGGGCCUCUCCUGGCCUGCCUCUUGGGCAGGCAGUUCCAGCAGAUCCGCGAUGGAGACAGGUUCUGGUGGGAAAACCCUGGGGUCUUCACGAAGGAGCAGAAGGACUCUCUACGGAAAAUGUCCUUCUCACGCCUUGUCUGUGACAACACCCGCAUCACCAAGGUCCCACGGGACCCAUUCCGGGCCAACAGCUACCCCUAUGACUUCGUGGAUUGCUCAGCCAUCAACAAGCUGGACCUGUCACCCUGGGCCUCAGUGAAGAAUUAGGGGCCUGGGCUCCAAUACCGCCUGCACUGCACAGAAAAGUUUCCUUUGGUCCACAGGGCCAUUUCAAGCAAGUUCAAUGACCUGGUCCCUUAGAGCUCCACACCCAAGUCCCAGCCCUUCUUUGUAGCUGGGCUUCUCUACACCCCCGGGUGAACAGCUUGCUCACACCCCCGGGUGAACAGAGGCCUCAGGGUGACUGCCUCAGCCCUCCCAGCUCUUACACUCGGCUCCUGUGGCUUCUCCUUUCUGUCAAGACUUAGCCCCUCUGAGGUGCGCUUCUGCUCCAGCUUGCUGAAUGUUACCUGUCCUCUUCCCUCCACAAGUCUUGGCCCUUGACCUUUAUCUUUCCUCCUGUCCUCUCACCUAGAUUGUAAGCUCCCUAGUCCAGGACGUCAGCCUGCCUCCGAGGGUUCCCCGUGGCACCUAGCACGGUGCACAGCACAUUAGAAGUGCUCAAAAACAUCUGAUGACUGACUAAA